GCCACGGCGCUGCCGUGGCCGGCGGGGGCUCAUAAUGCGGCCACCAGUGGGAGCGGCGAACCUUCGGCUGCUGACAGUGAAUGUCAACGGCCUGGGCUCGCCGUUCCAGGCGCGGGCGCUGGUCUCGCACCUGCAGCAAGUUGGGGCGGAUGUGGCGAUGGUGCAGGAGACCCACGCUACUGACACGACGGCGCUGGAGUCUUGCCUCCGUGCCGCGCAGGGGGCGUGCCUUCCGUGGCGCCACUGCCUCGCUGCCAGCCCGGCAGCGUCGCCCCACUCCUGUGGGGCGGCUAUCCUGGUGCGGAGUCGGCUGUCCCUUCCAGGCUGCGUACUGCAGCCGCCGUCAACGGAUGCGGCGGGCCGUGUGGUAUGUUGGGAUUGGGACGUGGGUCACUUGCGCCUGCGCUUCGUGUGUGUGUAUGCGCCCACGGCCGUGGCGGACAAGCCUGCGUUCUUUGCCGGGCUGCAUCCCCACCUGGCCACGGACAGGGUGCUAGUUGUCGGUGGGGACUGGAACUGUGUCACCGAUGCCAGUCAGGAGGCGGCCCCUAGCCCGUCACGUGCUGCAGGUGCCCCGCAACUUGCCAGCCUCCUCGCCCAGUUCAGUCUGGUGGACCCUUGGGCGAGCAAUCGUGGCGGCGCCAAGGGCUACACGCAUCCGGCCACACCCAAGCCGGCCACUCCCGCACGCCUGGAUCGGUGGUAUGUCAGUGCCACCGCGGCGCCGUGGGUGGUGGAUGUCGCUCGCACGUAUGGGGCGCCUGGGGACCACAACGGUGUGCUGCUCACCCUGUCCUUGCCCGACCUGCCACAUGCGCACCGGGAGCAGUGGCGCUUCCCCACGUACCUGCUGUUUCACCCCUCGCUGCGUUUGGAGCUCGAGCAGCGUUUGGAGGCGCACGUUGCCGCAAAUCCCGUGGCCAGUACAGGUGACGGCGCUUGCACGCAAUGGGAGGCGGACAAGUUCUUCUUGCGGGAGGCCGCCACCAGCAUCAACCGUCGGCAUGCACGCCAGACCCGGGAUGGGCUGCAUGGCGUGGUGCUGGCCGCAGACGCGGCCGCUGCCCUGGCCGACCGGCCGGGUGCCAGCGCCGCGCAGCGUCAGGCUGCGGCCAUGGCCAACUUGGCGGUGCGGGAGGAGCGGGCAGCUGCCGCAGUGGCCAGCCACAAUGCCCGCGCUGCACUGAUGGAGGAGCAUGGGGAGCGGGGCACUCGCUGGUUCCAUCGGCAGGCUGACGAGCCAGCAGCCGGCGCGCAGGAGCCCAUCACGCACUUGAAGGUGCCGGGGCAACCGGCGCCUGUGGCGCUCACGGGGCCGGGCACGCGCAACACUGUCUCCGCAGCCGCCGCAGCCAUGUACAGCAGCACCAGCCCCACCGGCCUGUUCCGCGUGCAGCCAGUCUGUACGGCGUCGCAGCAACAGCUUCUGGCGGCCAUUGACCGCAAGGUUCCGGCGGAUCUGCAGGCCGCCGCAGAGGGGUCCGGGGAUGGCGCCCUCAGUGAUGCCGAGCUGAUGGCAGCGCUGGCUGGCUCCGCCAAUGGUAAAGCGCCUGGGUCGGACGGGGUCCCGUACGAGGUGUACAAGGUCUUCUGGGCGCUGCUGGGUCCGCGCUUGUGUGCUGCUGCUGCCGCUGCCUUUGCUGCCGCUGCAGACGCCCACGAUGGCGGUGAAAUGGCGGCGGCGCUGCCCGCCUCCUGGCGGGAGGGCAUCAUUACGCUCAUCUACAAGGGCAAAAGCCUGGACCGCGCCGAGCUGGCGUCGUACCGGCCCAUCACGCUGCUCAACUGCGACUUCAAGAUGGUGUCCAAGGCCGUCAGCGCCCGCCUGCAGCCUGCCCUGGAUGCAGUUGUGGAUGAGCUGCAGACCGCGUUCAUCACCGGCCGCUGGAUUGGAGACAACGCGCUGUACCUCCAAGGCCUGAUCGAAUGGAUGCGCCUGGACGUGGGCGCGGACGGCACGCCACGGCAGGGUGGUGCGCUGUACUUCUUGGACAUUGAAAAGGCGUAUGACCGGGUGCACCGGCAGUGGCUGUAUGCGUCCGCGGAGGGUCUGGGGUUUGGGCCGCGCAUGCUGCGCUGGAUCCGCCUGAUCACUGCCAACGGCUCUGCCCGCGUGUGUGUGAACGGGAUGCUCUCUGACGCCUUCCCAGUGCUGAACGGCUUGCGGCAGGGCAGCACCGCCUCACCACCCCUGUGGGUCAUCCAGAUGCAGCCACUGACGUCCUUUCUGCGGCGGCAGGUGGAGCAAGGGGCACUGCGCACGCCCCUGUUACCCAGCGGCGAGCAGGCGCCGCCUGCUGCCCACCACGCUGACGACACGACCCUCACGGCGCGCGACCCGGCAGUGGACGGGCCGGUCCUGAUGGCGGCAGUACAGCUGUUCUGCCGCGCGUCCAACGCCCGUGUCCAUCCGGACAAGAGCAAGGCCUUGGGCCUUGGCAGGUUUGCGCACCUGACGGGCCCUUGCCCACACACGGGGGUGCCGUUUACCACUGGCGCCGUGACGCACCUGGGUGUGCCCCUGUCGUGGGACUCUGAUGCGGCUGCAGCUGACUUGUACACCCGGCGGGCUCGCGGCAUGGCGGUUGUGGCGCGUCUGUGGGCUGCCCUGUCUCUGACUCUCGUUGGCCGUGUGCACAUUGCGAAGCAGGUGCUGGCGGCAAAGCUGGCCUACCACUUCAGCUUCCUCAACCCGUCGCCUGCGCAGCUGAAGGAACUCACCGACCUGGUGGACCACUUUGCUGCGCGCUCCAUGCACGCUGAGGACGCCAGCCUGGUGUCGAAUGGGAACCCGCUCCUGCUGCCCAAGCGGGAAACGGCCUGUCUGCCGUACAAGGAUGGGGGUGUCAACCACGUCGACCUGCCUGCGUUCCUGUCUGCCCUGCAAGCUAAGACUUUCGCCCUCCUUGCCCAGCCAGGCCGGCAACCCUGGAAGACGCUCACCCGGGCGCUGCUUACCCAUGUGCGCCCGGACUCCACCACCACGUGGGCGUGGGUGUACAGCGACGCGCCAGCGCCAGCGGGGCUGCCUGCCCGGCUGGCGGCCGCGGUCGGCCACGUGCGGAGCGCGGGUGUGGAACAGCAUCCGCCGCAGCCAGCCACUCAGCCGCCAGCGGCGCCGCCACAGUGGAGGGUUAGCCUGGACCAGCUGUGGGUGGCUAAUGCUGCGGGGGCUGUGUCCUACGUCCACUACACGGGGCGGCUCUUGGAGCCUGGACCUGGCGUGCUGCCCCCGGCGGUGGAUGGGGCGUGGCAGCCUGCCUGUGUGCUGCAGCACCGCAAGCCGCGGCACCUGUGGACCUUUGAAGAGCGGGCGGCGUACGAUGCAGCAUCACCAGGGGAACGGGCAGGGGCGUGGCCUCGGGCGCCGUACUUCCUGGCGCCGGAGGCUGGGGUGGUGGUGCACCCGGAGCACUGCCGGAUUGCGGGUGUCAGCUUGGCGGACUACACGGUGCGGGACGUGCGGCGGGCCAUCACCGCGGCUAACCCGGCCGCACCUCCGGCUCCGGCCCGCCCCGCAGCCAUGCCGUGCCCGGCGCCAGCACAGCAGGCGGGGGGGUCGGGGACCCAGCCGGCGGCACAGUCGCGGCUGGCGGAGCGGGAGGCGGAGUGGCAGCGUGCAGCGGCGCAGCUGACCACCACGGCGGCGCAGCACUUCAACAAUAACCCGGUGGCUCUGGACCCCUGGCUCCACCGCACCUCUGCGGCAGCCGGGCUGCAGAACACGCCGGCGCGAGAACUGCAGUCGUAUGCGUCCCCGUCCCAGCAGUCGGGUGAGGGGCCGCGGCGGUCCGCGCGGCUGCAGGAGCAGGCGGCGGGAGGGGCGGGACCUAGCACGGGGCCUGCCACGGCGGCGGCGGCAGCAGCGGCGGCGGUGGAGGGCGACCCUCGCAUGCCGCCCCCGGAUGCGUCCCUUCUGCGGGCUUGGUCGGCGGGUGGCGCGCUUUGUGAAGUGGAGGAGGUUCAGGCUCUGGCUGGCGUCGCAGUGCCUGGGCGGCUGUGGGCCUUCCUGCUCAGCGCGUCUUGCAGCGGGCUGGAGCCCGCUUAGUCAGCGCCACAUCUGGCCCGUUUAGUUUUCUGCUUGUGUCUCCUCUGCCGGUUCUCCUGGGGUGUUGCUUAAGCAACCGACUUGUGGGGGUGGGGUGGGUUUGGGCGGGGCGAGUGCGUAGUGCUGGUGUUUCUUUUUCUGGCGCGCGGUGGUGGUGGUUCUUGCGGUUAGGCUGUGGUGUAGUUUGGUGCUUGGGUUAGGUCUGGCGGUGUUUUUGUGCAACCCCUCCCGG